GCCCGUCUCGCCAUCUUGCUUGCUUGUUCUGGGGAGCGCUGAGCUGUACAUUCCCGGUCUGGGUGGAAGUGAGUCCGCCAUGCCGCAUUAUCAGACUUGGGAGGAGUUUACCCGCGCUGCUGAGAAGCUCUACUUGUCCGACCCUAUGAAGGUGCGUGUUGUACUCAAAUAUCGGCACUGUGAUGGAAAUCUGUGCAUCAAAGUAACAGACGAUGUUGUUUGUCUGCUCUAUAGGACAGACCAGGCUCAAGAUGUAAAGAAGAUUGAGAAAUUCCACAGUCAACUAAUGCGACUCAUGGUAGCCAAAGAAUCCCGCAGUGUUGCCAUGGAAACAGACUGAAUAUCUGGAAAUAAAAUGAAUGCUCUAGUUAUAUUUCACAGGAGGAAAGUAUCGCUUGGAUUUGGGAAAACGUUGGAACAGAAGUGUGGUGGCAUCAAGUGGAUUAUUAAAAUCUAAAGUGGGUUUUGUAAAGAUUUUCAGUCUCCACUUCGAAGUGGCUAGGAGACUUAUAUGCUUUCAUUUGAAAGCCUCUAUUUAUUUAUUUUUAAUUUGAGCAAGAGAAUGUAUGUCCUUUUCUGGAAAUACUAAAGGUUAAAAGUGGGUUUCGCCAGAUUUGUACACUUUCUUUUGUAAUUCUUCAGCAUGCUCCGUAAAAAAGAGAAAACAAGUUUGUUCCUUUGAGGGAUUUCUUUUUAUUCUUUUUGAAUUGUAUGUCUCUGUGUUUUCUAAAGUGAAAGACAAUUAAUGUAGAAACUGGAUGUAAUACACAUUAAUAUGUGGAUAUAUUAUUGGCAAAACACAGAAUUGGCAAUACGACUAAGCCUAUGGAUAAUCAUUCCAUGUAACUGGCUUGCUCUGUUUAAACCUGAUAGUGGCCUGACAUUCAUCAACAUCUAUUGGCUGUUCAGUAUUCAUAUAAAAUCUGCAGAGGAAUAAAUCCCCUUUUGGGGCCAGACAAUUGUUCAUGGCAACAGAUCCAGUACUCUGCUUGAGAUUGGUGACUGAGAAGCUGCUGAAUCAACCAGACUUUGGACAAAAGGAAAGAGCUAAGAGUGCAAAUAGGGUCUAAUCCAGAAUGUCUUAUUCUCUCCCCCCACCCCACCCCAGGUAUUAUCUGAAGCAGCUAAAACACCUGAACAACUUGGAAAUAGCUGUCAUCAAGGUUACUGUCUGACUAUCCUAUACCAUAGACUAUAUAGCCACCACCUUUUGAGCUUUCAAUAUUUCUUGUUAUGAAGAUAUUGUCACCAAACUCUAAAUUUCUGUGGAAAGUGCUAUAUACUGUUAAAUACAGCCGUCGAGAGAGAGAAUGAAAGCUGUGCAGCUACAUUACAUAUCACUUAUGAACGGAUGUGUGUUUACUGCAUCAAAUGAAAACAAGAGUUCUGUUUAAUACUGGUUUUUUAAAUUUAGUUAGCCAUACUGUUCACCAACACAGCAGUCUUUGGAUAUUGUCCCAGUAUGUUAGAAAGCAAUUUCUUACAAGGUGUGUUGAUGCACUCUAGUAUAUUUACUACAGCAUGAUAUAUAGCCUCCUAUCAGUUCUGGUGCUAUUAUGACAUCAGCAAAUAAAAGACUUGCCAGUA